AUGCUCUGGGAGAUCCUUUUCCGCCUCCCCCAGGACCUAUACUCGCUCCCCCGCGCUUCAGCCGUCUGCAAGCAGUGGAGAGGCAUCCUCAUCGACCCCAAGUUCCUCUGUCGGUUCCAUGCGCACCACCGCAAGCCGCCCCUCCUUGGCUUGUUCCAUUACAGCACGACACAGAUCGUGUUCACGCCCGUCCUGGCCCUUCCAGACCGCAUCACCCCUGGGCGCUUCUCCCUUGGACACUGCAGCAGCAACAUCCUGCUUGAUUCCCGCCACGGCCGCGUCCUCGUCAAAGACUUGGUGCAAAAAGAGAUUGUUGUGUGUGAUCCUAUCACCAGCAAGCAGCACCGCAUGGCCAUCCCGCCGGAGUUCAUCGACCACUACUUCAGCGCGGCAGUGCUCUGCGCUGUCAGCGACCAGGGCCAUGUGCACGGCGGCUGCCACUCCUGUCCCUUCAAGGUGGUCCUGGUGUCCAUAUACGGAGAGGGGCAAACCGUUGUCUGCGUUUACUCCUCAGAGACUGCCACAUGGGGCGGUCUCAUCUCUACGGAGGCUCCGCAUGACGGGUGUUUGCUUGAUUGUCCCGGCACCCUUGUUGGUAGUGUACUUUACUGGCCGUUACAUAUACAGGGAGACAACAUACUUGAGUUUGAUUUGGACACACAGAAUCUUACUGUGAUUAAGGGCCCUCCUGAUAUGCAGAUGUAUAUGACUAUUUUCGGCAACUUACAUAUCAUGGAGGCAGAGGAUGCAUGGCGUUGUUGGUCUUGCUGCGGUGUCUCGCCUUAA